UAAAUUCUUCUUCGCUGACUUUCUACUUGUAAAUCGCUGACACACUUGCACGUCCAUUUGAACGCCGUUACCUUCGACUUUCAACCGAGUUGUCCAAAUUUGUCUGCUGUUGACAACAAGUUCCUACACCAUGUCCAUUGUCAAGAUCCACGCCCGAGAGAUCUUUGAUUCUCGUGGAAACCCCACCAUAGAGGUUGACCUUUACACUGACAAAGGCUUGUUUAGGGCAGCUGUACCAAGCGGAGCGUCUACUGGAAUCUAUGAAGCCUUGGAGCUCAGGGACAAUGACAAGUCUCGCUACCUUGGAAAAGGAGUUUCAAAGGCUGUAGAACACAUAAAUGCAUCUAUUGCGCCUGCACUUGUUGGCCAAGAUGUAUCUGUGGUUGAGCAAGAGAGAAUUGACCAGAUGAUGAUUGACUUGGAUGGCACAGAUAACAAAUCCAAAUUUGGAGCGAAUGCCAUCUUGGGUGUUUCCCUGGCUGUUUGCAAAGCUGGUGCAGCAGAGAAAGGUGUCCCCCUGUAUCGUCAUAUUGCUGACCUAGCAGGAAACCCAGAGGUCAUCUUGCCUGUGCCGGCCUUCAAUGUGAUCAACGGUGGCUCACAUGCUGGCAACAAGCUUGCCAUGCAGGAGUUCAUGAUCCUGCCCAUUGGCGCGAGCACCUUCAAAGAAGCCAUGCGCAUCGGAGCCGAGGUCUACCACAAUCUCAAAAAUGUCAUCAAGAAGAAAUAUGGUCAGGAUGCCACCAAUGUGGGUGAUGAAGGGGGCUUUGCUCCAAACAUCCUGGAGAACAAAGAAGCUCUGGAGUUGGUAAAGGAGGCCAUCGCCAAAGCAGGAUACACAGAUGAGGUUGUGAUCGGCAUGGACGUGGCAGCAUCCGAAUUCUACAGGGAGGGAAAAUACGACCUGGACUUCAAGUCUCCUGACGACCCGAGCCGCUACAUCACUCCUGACGAGCUGGCUGAUCUCUACAAGAGCUUUGUGAAGGAUUAUCCGGUGGUUUCCAUCGAGGAUCCCUUUGACCAGGACGACUGGGAGGCCUGGUCUAACUUCACAGGAAGCACAGACAUCCAGGUUGUUGGAGAUGAUCUCACAGUGACCAACCCUAAACGCAUCAGCAAAGCUGUGGAGGAGAAGGCCUGCAACUGCCUGCUGCUUAAAGUCAAUCAGAUUGGGACAGUUACCGAGUCCAUGCAAGCGUGUAAGAUGGCUCAGGAGAGCGGCUGGGGUGUGAUGGUCAGCCAUCGCUCUGGUGAAACUGAAGACACCUUCAUAGCUGAUUUGGUGGUCGGCUUGUGCACUGGACAGAUCAAGACUGGGGCACCCUGUCGCUCUGAGCGUUUGGCCAAAUACAAUCAGAUUCUGAGAAUCGAAGAGGAGCUCGGAGACAAGGCUGUUUUUGCUGGAAAGAACUUCAGAAAACCAUUGUCCGAGUAAAUGAUGAUUAAUCAUUUCCUUUACAUCGAAAUGGAUUCAUGCACAUAAAUGCAUAACAAUCCACCGGACAAAAAUUGAAAACCUCUCAAAGCAAUAAUGGAUAAAGUAGAGUGAUGGUGUAAUUUAUAGAGAGAACUUACUGUAGUCACUGAAACUGUAACACUUGAUAAUCAAGUCUUCUACUGUAUUCGGCCAUGUUUGUUAAUGUGGAGUAAAAUAAUAGACCUGAUUAUAUCUUGAGUAAUAAAUAUUAACAACACUCACAAACUAAUCACAAAAGCUGCAUUUGGAGACGGUUAAUAAAAAAUACUCUUAGUGACAGAA